AUGGCGGUGGUGUGGGGGGGGAGAGGGGCGGAGAAGAGGAUGGCGGGGGGAGAGAGGGGCGGAGACGAGGAUGGCGGUGGUGUGGGGGGGGGGGAGAGAGGGGCGGAGACGAGGAUGGCGGUGGUGUGGGGGGGGGAGAGGGGCGGAGACGAGGAUGGCGGUGGUGUGGGGGGGGGGGGGAGGGGCGGAGACGAGGAUGGCGGUGGUGUGGGGGGAGAGAGGGGCGGAGACGAGGAUGGCGGUGGUGUGGGGGGGGGGAGAGAGGGGCGGAGACGAGGAUGGCGGUGGUGUGGGGGGGGGAGAGGGGCGGAGACGAGGAUGGCGGUGGUGUGGGGGGGGGGGAGUGAGGGGCGGAGACGAGGAUGGCGGUGGUGUGGGGGGAGUGAGGGGCGGAGACGAGGAUGGCGGUGGUGUGGGGGGGAGAGGGGCGGAGACGAGGAUGGCGGUGGUGGGGGGGGGGGGGGGGGGGGAGAGAGGGGCAGAGACGAGGAUGGCGGUGGUGUGGUGGAUUACUACAAAGAGGCGUGCAGGGCUCUGGAGAACUCUGAGACGGCCUCGAUGCUCGGAAAGAUCCAGAAGGACUGGAAGAAACUGGUCCAGAUGAAGAUCUACUACUUUGCUUCUAUUGCACAUCUGCACAUGGGGAAACAGGCCGAGGAGCAGCAGAAGUUUGGUGAGAGGCUGGCCUAUCUGCAGAGCUCGCUGGACAAACUCAAUGAAGCCAUCAAACUCGCCAAGGGCCAGCCUGACAGUGUCCAGGAGGCCCUCAGGUUCACGAUGGACAUCAUUGGUGGAAAGUACAACUCUGCAAAGAAGGACAACGACUUCAUCUAUCACGAGGCGGUCCCGGCUUUAGAAACUCUGGCUUCUGUCAAAGGUGCUCCGCUGGUGAAGGCCCUCCCAGUGAACCCCACAGACCCCAGUGUCACGGGACCAGACCUGUUCUCCAAACUGGUGCCUAUGGCUGCGCACGAGGCCUCGUCGCUCUACAGUGAGGAGAAGGCCAAGCUGCUGAGAGACGUGAUGGACAAAGUCGACAGCAAGAAUGAAACUCUGGAACAGUUCAUGGACUCUCUGGGCCUGGAACCGGACUCUGUGGACAACCUGGACAUGUACAGCCACAUCCCCCCGGUCCUGAUGGAGAAGUGUGCUGCUCUGAGCGUCAGGCCCGACACCGUGAAGAGCCUGGUCCAGUCCAUGCAGGUGCUCUCUGGUGUCUUCACGGACGUCGAGUCUUCGCUGAAGGAGAUCAGGGACGUCCUGGAGGCAGACGAGGCAGGGGAGCGGUCGCUGCUAGAGACGGUUGGGGCAGGUGUGGCCUCAGACCUGCACCCCCCAGCUCAGGCUCAGGCUCUGGCCGACGUCCGCAGAGACCUGGAGAAGUACAUGGAGGCCCAUGACAAGGCCAGCUUCACCAACACCGAGCUACACCGAGCCAUGAACCUACACAUCAACAACCUGCGGCUGCUGGGGGGGCCCCUGGAGGCCCUGAGGGACGCCCUGCCCAGCCCCCAGCUCUCAGAAGAGGAGGUGGGCGGACUGCAGACCAUGAAGCGGAUCCUCGGGAAAGUGCAGGAGAUGAGGGACCAGAGGAGCUCCUUCGAGAAACAGCUGAGAGACAUGAUCCAGCAAGACGACAUCACCUCCACCUUAGUGACCACCGAGAGAGCAGACAUAAAGCGAGUGUUUGAGGAGCAGCUGAAGAAGUACGAGCAGCUGAAAGUCUACAUCGACCAGAACCUGUCUGCUCAGGAGAACAUCCUGAAGGCUCUGACCGAAGCUAACGUCCAGUACGCGUCUGUGCGCAAAGGCUUGGGGCAGGUGGAGGCGCAGUGGACCGCCACGGUGCAGGGCCUGGUGGGCUCCUAUGAGGCCUACGAAGACCUCAUGAAGAAGUCCCAGGAGGGGAAGGACUUCUACGACGACCUGGAGACCAAAGCUUCUCGUCUGCUGGAGAAGGCCAAGCUGCUGUGCCAGAGCAGAGCGGACGAGAGGAGGCCCCUACUCUACAGAGAUGUGAAGAAGCCGCCCGCUCGACCCACCGCCGCCAAACCCUCGCUGCCACCUAAAGCCACAGACUCGGACUCUGCCUGCUCCAGUCUGGAGGACGCAGAACUGGCUCAGCUGAGCGCUGCCAUUUUGGCUCUAGAGGGCGACCUCCCUGAGGAGCUGCGCAGUCUCCCACCCAACAUGGCCACUCCCCCUGGUGUGCCGCGUCUGCCUUCUGGCCCCGGCAUGUCUAUGCCCUGGUCGGGAGCACCCCCUGCUGCCAUGCCACGCUUCCCCCCCAACCUGCCCCCUCCUGAGGUGCUCGCCCGCCUCGCACAGUUCACACCGCAGGGCGUGCUCCGACCUGGGCCUCAGAUGGCUCCACACAUGCACCCCCAGGUGCCACAGCAGAUGCCACAGCAGAUGCCACGGCAGAUGCCACGGCAGAUGCCGCAGCAGAUGCCGCUAGAGAUGCCGCAGCAGAUGCCGCAGCAGAUGCCGCAGCAGAUGCCGCGGCAGAUGCCGCGGCAGAUGCCGCUAGAGAUGCCGCGGCAGAUGCCGCUAGAGAUGCCGCAGCAGAUGCCGCAGCAGAUGCCGCAGCAGAUGCCGCAGCAGAUGCCACAGCAGAUGCCGCAGCAUAUGGCUCAGAAUUUACCGCAACCACAAAUUCCUCCUGCACAGAUUCCCGGUUUGCAAAUGCCGCCAUCGCAGAUGCAGAUCCCAGCUCAACAUAUCCCCACGUCGCAGAUGCCACACGCGCAUAUUCCCACCUCACAAAUGCAGAUGGCAAAUCCACACAUUCCUCCUGCGCAGAUGCCGCAGACACACCAACCCAAUGCGCAGAUGCACCCACAAGCCGCUGGUCCCAGAUACCCAGGCCCGCCCUCUGUACCAGUGCGUCCCUCCACCACCACAGUGAACACCAUCCAUGCUCCCAUUCCAAGUUACGCGCCUCCUCAUCGCCCGCCUGCGCCCGCUGUGCCACCUCCCGUUCCUUCGGGCUACACACUCCCCCCUCACAUGUACCCACAUUACAUACCACCACCAGGAGCACAACCACACGCUCAGCCGCAGCCACAGAAGCCACAACAGUUCCCCCAGCCGCAAACCUAUCCUGCACAGCCCACACACUCUUACCCGUACAUGCCACCACAGCCACGCCUGCCGCCGCACUAUCAGCAGACUUUUACACGGCAGCAGAAUGGAUACGCAGCUCCGCAAGCAUACGCACCAAUGCCCCCUCAGGCUCCGGUUCCUCAAGUAGCACCGGCAACAUCGCAACACUACAUGCACCAAAGUCACCCACAGAUCCAGGGCGUUCCCCCAGCUGGCCAGGUGAUGCCACAGAACUAUAUGCCUGCGCUACGGCCUCAGCUCGCGGCGAUACCCAGGGGACCACCUCCUCCAUCGCACCAGGAUCCACCAGGGGGCGCAGUGGGCUAUCCCGGCCCGCAACCACCGAUCCUUCCCCAACCGACACUCGCGCCUCAGCCUGCCACUUCGCAACCGCCGUCAGCUCUUCCCUUGGGGCUCCCACCUGCACAGGUGGUGUUCCCUCAGGCGCCGGGCUCAGGCGCGGUCUCUGCUGUCCUGCUCCCGCCCCAUGUUCUGGCAGUGCAGCCCGCUAACCCACCGUUGGUGUCUCCAGCUCCUCCCCCUAUGCUCACGCCGCAGCAGAUGCCACCCACUACUCCUGCCAACCCUGCCCUUCCCUCGCCCGCUCUCCCCUCCCCCUCCAUGCCCUCCCCCUCCACAGUCCACCCCGCCACCUCGCUCUUCCAACGGCAGAACUCCAGCACCGACGACCUCCUCUCCUGCAGUCCGGAGAGUCAGCACGGAGCGAAACCCACUGUCAACGUCCUGCAGCCGACCAAAGCAGACCCUCAGGAUGGGGAGCGGCGCAGGAGGAGUUCCCAGGGGGUUCUUGUGGUCCAGGGAGACCCGUACCAGGCUCCGGAGAGAGUGACCCGGCUGCACCAGGAGCUGGAGUGCUUCAGGAACCAUGUGGAGUCUCUGGAGCUGCCCUUAGACGCUGAAGGAGGAUCCUCUCUGUUGGACGCACAGUGGAAGGAUCUGCAGGAGCAGCAGGAGAAGGAUGCGCGGCUCUUGUCAAUCGCCAUCGCGCGCUGCUACACCAUGAAGAACCGGCACCAGGACGUGAUGCCGUACGACAUGAACCGUGUGCUGUUGCAUUCUGGGAAAGACGACUACAUCAACGCCAGCUUCGUGGACCAGCUGUCCUCUUACUGCCCCCGCCUCAUCGCCACACAGGCCCCGCUUUCUGGUACCGCCGCAGACUUCUGGCUCAUGGUGUAUGAGCAGAAGGUCUCUCUCAUUGUCAUGCUGGUGUCGGAGCAGGAGCUGGACAAGGGGAGGGUGCUGAGGUACUUCCCCACAGACAGGGGGCAGCAGAUGUCUCAGGGGCCCAUCACUCUGACCCUCAGCUCCCAGAAGAACAGCCCCACCCACACAGAGCGCAUGGUUAGUCUGCAGUACCGAGAGCAGAGCCUGAAGAGGACCGUGGUGCACCUGCAGUUCACCUCCUGGCCAGAGCUGGGACUUCCUGAGAGCAAGAGUCACCUGCUACGGUUCAUCCAGGACGUGCACGGACACUACCUGCACCAGAGGCCGCUACACAACCCUGUGGUGGUGCACUGCAGCUCGGGUGUGGGUCGCACUGGGGCCUUCUGUCUCCUCUACGCCGCGGUGCAGGAGCUGGAGGCGGGGAACGGUCUCCCAGACCUGCUGCAGCUGGUGAAGAAGAUGAGGCAACAGAGGAAGAACAUGCUGCAGGAGAAGUUGCACCUGAAGUUCUGUUAUGAAGCGGUUCUGAAACACGCUGAGCAGGUCCUACAACGACACGGCAUCACUACUGCCACCUGCAGCAAGACCACCAGUACUGCAGCUGCCAAGCGGAGAUGGCUUUUGUGCGGAGCCGCGGCGCACACGGCUCAUUUGCACUAA